AUGUGCGGUAUGGAGGCUGUUCAAUAUCAAAACCAAGAUACAGCUGAUCAUGACCGCCAGGCCAACUACCUUGCCGAGGGCUUCAAGAAUGCAACAUGUACCGCGACGGACGCCGACUGCAUAUGCGCUAAUGAGACAUUGAUGGCCAAUGUUCAGGCAUGCUCACUGAGAGCCUGCACCAUACCGCAAUUGAAGGACUUCGGACGUCCCAGUAUGCUAACCCUCUCGAUAUUGGCCGGCCAGACUGACUUCCUAUCGUCAGAGUCCCGAAAUGGCUACCCUCUGCCACUGCCACUGGCCGGUCCGGGACAGGAUGGGCUGAUCUGUGUGCGGUCUUCGCAUUUGGGAGUGCGCCGCCGUGUGAGCAUGGAAGUUGAGUCUGCCGGGUAA